GCGGCAAUUCUUCCUCACUUGAAUAAUCAACUGAAUCUCUCCCAAUCGUUAUUCCCUCCUUUGAUAAGUUAUUCUACGGCUGCCUUCAGGGUAGGAGGUUUUAUGAAUCGUAUCAUUUCAAUCAGGGCGCUGAGGGCAACGCCUCGCCUCGUGUCGGACCUCCUCCGCACACAGCACACAUCUUCAAUCCAAACUUCAAAUUUUCUAUAUCGGACAAUAGUCCACCAAUCAUUUCCCAGUUACGCGACAUUCUUUUCUUCAAAGAAGAUAAUAGAUUCACCCGUAGAACGCCUUGAUCCUUACACUUAUACGAGUGGUCGAUGGCUCCGUUGCGAUGAACUAGAGCGAGAAUCGCGCCUCAUACGGUUUAAUUUCGACGCUCUAUGUCGUAGGAUUAUAGAACUAUGUCCUGACGCCAACUCCAUCACCUCGUAUGACAAGAAGGAAGGCGGCUUCAACAGAGUGUUCAUAUUUCACACUGACAACGCAAAACGCAUCGUCGCGAGAUUGCCCUUUGCGUUGGCAAGGCCAUCAAGGUUGAUGACCAACUCCGAAGUUGCGACCAUCAAGUAUCUACAAGCCAAAACCAGCAUCCCCAUUCCGAAAAUACUUGACUGGAGCGACGACACUUCAACUGCCAUUGGGAGCGAAUACAUCAUCAUGGAACAUGCUCCGGGCAUUCCAUUGCACCAGAAAUGGCCAACUAUGGAUGUGAGCGAUCAAAUCAGGUGCAUAGAGGCCAUCUACCAAAAGCUCAAAGAAAUAGUCGACCUCAAAUUUCCGGCCUACGGGAGCUUGUACUUUGCUGACGCGCCGUAUAUCACCGCUUCUAAUCCGUCGUUCGACCGGGAAUUCUGCAUCGGUCCCCACUGUGGAGGUAUUUAUUGGAACUGUAAUGUUGGACAACCUAGAUAUUAUCACAAAGUCAACCAAAAUCAGGGACCCUUACUCCAGGGCUUGAACUCGCCGAAAUACUGUGACGGUCUCAUCGAUACCGGAAUUUCCAGAAUCCCGCCAGCCGGAGCUGUCCCAAAACGACCACAUUAUCAUGGAUCCAUUCAGACACAUAAUGAACUACUCGAAUACGGUCGCACGGUGAUAAAGAAAAUCGCCGAGGACCCUCGGAUCCAGAACGCAGCUGGCCCUGUAAUGCUCCACCCUGAUCUGCACAAAAGAAACAUUUUUGUUUCAGAAGACGACCCAACCAUCAUCACGGCCAUUAUCGACUGGCAAUCGUCUAGCAUUGAGCCAGCAUUUUGGUACGCAAAUGAAGUGCCAGACUUUGCGCAACCUAUUCGUGAUCCUUCAUGCGAAGAUCAAAUCGAGCCCAAAAGCGAGGCAUGUGCAAAAGCAUAUGACAUCUGCACUCAAUUUCUCAUCCCGAAGCUGUCGGAGCCUAGAUUAAUGGAUGAAGCUUUCUUUCGGCCUUUUCGCUAUUGCUACCGGACCUGGGAGGAUGGCGCCGUUGCCUUUCGCGAGGAGCUGAUCCAGACUUCGCGACGCUGGAAGGAGCUUGGUCUUGCGGAGUCGUGUCCAUUUCCUUUGCCCGGCCCCGACGAAUAUGCCGUCCAUCGAAAAGAUUACAAACUUUUUGAAGCGGCACACCAGCUGAAACAUAGUUUGUCGAGUCUGCUCAAUACUCCAUCUGACGGCUGGGUUCCUCCGGAGCAUUGGGAAGCAACUGAGUCGGCCCAUAAGGAAAUUUUCAGGGGAAUGCUGCAGGAGGUUCUGGGGAAUGAGCACCCCGAUAAUGAUGAGCCGAUCAGAGACGAAACAGAUCUCAGAGAGAUUUGGCCAUUCGACCUAAAGGAAUGA